UAUGGUAUGAAACUAACCUGCAACUUCAAACCAAACAAACCUGUGCACCUGUGUAUCCGGCAAUUAAUAAUUUAUUGAAAUUAGAUAUUGAGAUUAACUAUAAACUAUCGUUAAAAUGGUUGUAAGGCAGUAUAACGAAGAACUCAAAUAUUUAGAGAAAUUGACCCCUCAUUCUUGGAGAAUCAAGAAGGGCUUUCAGCCUAAUAUGAAUGUUGAAGGGAUUUUUUAUGUUAACCAAACUCUAGAAAAGCUUAUGUUGGACGAACUACGAAAUGCUUGUAGACCGGGAAUGGUUGGUGGGUUUUUGCCAGGUGUUAAACAAAUUGCAAAUGUUGCUGCCCUUCCUGGUAUUGUCGGGAAGUCUGUGGGUCUGCCAGAUGUUCAUUCAGGUUACGGAUUUGCCAUUGGAAAUAUGGCAGCUUUUGAUGUGAAUGACCCAAAAUCGAUUGUAUCACCUGGUGGUGUAGGCUUCGAUAUAAAUUGUGGAGUAAGGUUACUCAGAACAAACCUUUUCCUAGAGGAUGUGUUGCCAGUGAAGGAACAGUUAGCGCAAAGUCUAUUUGAUCAUAUACCUGUUGGAGUUGGUUCCAAAGGUAUAAUUCCUAUGAAUGCUAAGGAUUUGGAGGAGGCCUUAGAAAUGGGUAUGGAUUGGUCUUUGAGAGAAGGGUAUAUAUGGGCUGAGGACAAAGAACAUUGUGAAGAAUAUGGAAGAAUGUUGAAUGCCGACCCUUCUAAAGUCAGUAUGAGAGCUAAGAAAAGAGGAUUACCCCAGCUGGGAACUUUAGGGGCUGGAAACCACUAUGCGGAAAUUCAAGUUGUGGAUGAAAUUUACGACAAGUGGGCAGCUUGCAAGAUGGGAAUCGAAGAAAAAGGACAAAUAUGUGUUAUGAUUCACUCGGGAAGCCGAGGGUUCGGACAUCAGGUGGCCACUGAUGCUCUGGUUCAAAUGGAGAAGGCUAUGAAGAGGGACAAUAUCGAAACAAAUGACCGACAGUUGGCUUGUGCCAGGAUAAAUUCAACAGAAGGACAAGAUUAUUUGAAAUCCAUGGCAGCCGCUGCGAAUUUCGCUUGGGUUAACCGGAGUUCAAUGACUUUCUUGAGUAGACAGGCUUUCGCCAAACAAUUCAACACAGUCCCCGACGAUUUAGAUAUGCACGUCAUCUACGAUGUGUCCCAUAACAUAGCCAAAAUCGAGGAGCACAUGGUUGACGGUAAACCGAAGACGCUUCUGGUCCACAGGAAAGGAUCCACGAGAGCUUUUCCACCGCAUCAUCCUCUGAUACCCGUCGACUAUCAGUUGACGGGUCAGCCCGUCUUGAUCGGUGGUACCAUGGGAACUUGCAGCUACGUGCUGACCGGUACCGAACAAGGGAUGAUAGAAACGUUCGGAUCGACGUGCCACGGAGCGGGUCGGGCUCUGUCUAGGGCUAAGAGCCGCAGAAAUUUGGAUUACACGCAAGUGUUGAGGAAAAUGGAAAGUAUGGGAAUAUCGAUCAGAGUCGCGUCGCCCAAAUUGGUGAUGGAGGAGGCCCCAGAAUCUUACAAAAACGUGACGGAUGUAGUGGAUACGUGUCACGCAGCUGGCAUCAGUAAGAAGUGUAUAAAAUUAAAACCUAUCGCGGUUAUCAAGGGAUGAGGUAAACGUGUAUUCAACAAAUGAUUUUCUGUGUAUAUGAUUUAUUUAAUUGUAUUCUUUUGUCGAUUUCAUUAUUGUGGAACUGUUAAAAUCCGCAUUCACGUCCCGAGACACGAAAAUAGUUCUUGGGAACCAUCGUGUUACAAUGAAAAAAAUAUAUGUGAUCACUGGAA